AUGACAAAGAAGCGUGAGCUUAAUGAAAAAAAGUUAAACAAAUCAAAAAUAGUAAGUGAUAUUAGCGUGAAGACUGUAGUUGUUGAGGGGGAUGAAUAUAUCAGAAAUACGUUUUCCUUCUUCAAUCUGCUCACUCCACCAUCACCAUUACCACCGCCAUUACCUCCACCAUUAUCACCAACACUACCACAACUACCACUACCGCUUGCACUACCAUCUUCCCUACCAACUAACUAA